GCAGCACGGAUUUGACAGCUCCACAACGUGAGGAUAUCCGCUGACCCUGUGACACAAGAGCACACUUCCCCGAGACUCCCAGUCCAGCUAACCAGCUCUGUAAGCUUGCAACUUUCCAACUUUUCUUCUUUUUGCAAUCUCUGCCCUGGAGACUGCCCUUUCGUGUUGGAGAAGGUGCGAGGGUGAUCCGCCUUGUGGAUCGAUUGGAAAGCAUCAACCUAAAAGGCACGUGUGGUUCCCAAUGCCACCCAGACGCUUGUUUUCGUGACGACUGGAUUUCUCUGACUUUAUUCUUCACGUUUCUCGUUUUUUUGGUUUUUGGGUUUUUUUGUUGCUGUUGGCAAACUUGCUUUGGGGGAAUGCUGAGAGGUGUCUGAAGGCUGCAAAAGAAAAGCUCCCGAUUGUCAUGGCUGAAGGAGAGAAUGAAGUGAGAUGGGAUGGCCUGUGCAGUAGAGAUUCGACUAUUAGAGAGACAGCGCUGGAAAACAUUAGGCAGAUCGUUCUAAGAAAAACCGAACACCUUCGUUCAGUGAAAGAGACGCUCUAUCGACCUUCAGAUGGGCUUUCAAGUGCUGUUUCUUUGGAUGCCAUGAAUAAACUUCUUGCUCAUCUCCUUAUGCUCUCUAAGAGGUGUCCCUUUAAAGAUGUGAGAGAGAGAAGUGGGUUCAUUCUGAAGAGCGUCGAGGAACUGGGAAUCAGAGUUCCUCGGCCACUAGGACGCGGGCCAAGCAGGUUCAUCCCCGAGGAGGAGAUUCUGCAGGUGGGGAGUGAAGAUGCACAGAUGCAUGCUUUAUUUGCAGAUUCCUUUGCUGCUUUGGGUCGUUUGGAUAACAUUACAUUAGUGAUGGUUUUCCACCCACAGUAUUUAGAAAGUUUCUUAAAGACUCAGCACUACCUUCUGCAAAUGGAUGGACCAUUACCCCUCCACUAUCGGCACUACAUUGGAAUAAUGGCUGCAGCAAGGCACCAAUGUUCCUACCUGGUAAAUCUACAUGUGAAUGACUUCCUUCAUGUUGGGGGGGAUCCCAAGUGGCUCAAUGGUUUAGAGAAUGCUCCUCAAAAACUACAAAAUUUAGGAGAGCUUAACAAAGUGUUAGCCCACAGGCCUUGGCUUAUUACCAAAGAACACAUUGAGGGGCUUUUGAAGGCUGAGGAGCACAGCUGGUCUCUCGCGGAGCUGGUCCACGCGGUGGUCCUGCUCACACACUAUCACUCUCUUGCCUCGUUCACGUUUGGCUGCGGAAUCAGUCCAGAGAUCCACUGUGACGGUGGGCACACUUUCAGACCUCCUUCUGUUAGUAACUACUGCAUCUGUGACAUUACGAAUGGCAAUCACAGCGUGGACGAGACGCAAGUCAGCUCAGCGGGAAACAUUUCCGUAAGUGAUUCCAUCUUUGAGGUCGAAGCCCUCAUGGAAAAGAUGAAGCAAUUACAGGAAUGUCGAGAUGAGGAGGAGGCAAGCCAGGAGGAGAUGGCAUCACGGUUUGAAAUAGAAAAGAGAGAGAGCAUGUUUGUCUUCUCUUCAGAUGAUGAUGAAGUUACACCAGCAAGAGACGUGUCUCGGCACUUUGAGGACACUAGUUAUGGCUAUAAGGACUUCUCCAGACACGGGGUGCAUGUUCCUACCUUUCGUGUCCAGGACUACUGCUGGGAAGACCAUGGUUAUUCUCUGGUGAAUCGUCUUUAUCCAGAUGUAGGCCAGUUAAUUGACGAGAAGUUUCACAUUGCUUACAAUCUUACUUACAACACCAUGGCAACGCACAAAGAUGUCGAUACCUCGAUGCUCAGACGGGCUAUCUGGAACUAUAUCCACUGCAUGUUUGGGAUUCGGUAUGAUGACUAUGACUAUGGUGAAAUUAACCAGCUAUUGGAUCGUAGCUUUAAAGUUUAUAUCAAAACUGUUGUGUGCACUCCUGAGAAGGUUACCAAAAGAAUGUAUGAUAGCUUCUGGAGGCAGUUCAAGCACUCUGAGAAGGUCCAUGUUAAUCUGCUUCUUAUAGAAGCUAGGAUGCAAGCAGAACUCCUAUAUGCUCUGAGAGCCAUUACCCGCUAUAUGACCUGAUGCCUUUCCUCCAUUAAAGACUAUCCUGGAAUGAACAGCAAAUGUAGGCUACAAGGGGAUGGAACCAAGCCCCAGGACCAAUGGUAGAUAAAAAAGAAUUCAGAAAUCCGUUGUGCCAUGAUUCCUUAGUGUCUGCUCUUUUACUGUGGGAUACCACUGCUCGUCUAGCAGUGAACGCUUGGCGGCUUCAGCAUUAGAGCUGUGAAGAAAGGCUGCUGGUCACAGUGUUUGCUUUUUGACAGUACGAGAUGCUGUAAACUUGUUUCAAUACAGCAACUAGUAGUUCUCCAAAUCCUGUUGCUCUGAUGUAACCAGGUAACAGGCAGGAGCUGUAAAGGCCGGGACUUGGGUACUAAGUUCAUACAUAAGGAGUCUAGCAAGCUCAGUGCUGCUUUGGCUGGGGAUAAGGUCGUGGCUGCUCCAGCUAAGCUACUCGUGAUUAAAGUGAGCGCGGCUACUACCUGAGCCUACGCACAUACUUUGUGUGGUUUUGAAUUGAACUUGUACACGUUCUUUUUUUUUUUUUUUUUUCUUGCAUCUAAAAAAGCAUAGAAUUAUUACUCACAGCUCAGCAAAGACCUUGUUGCUGGUAACAGUUUUUUUUUUUUUUUUCCUUUCAUUGUAGUUUUUAAAAUUCAGUUAUUGGAUGAUAUUACAGUGGCAUUCUUAAAAGAUUUUCUCCAAAGAGCAAUCUUAAAAUAAAAGAGUGUGAGUUACAAGGCAAACAGGCUGUCUUUGAAUGUGCUGUUUCCCAAGCAUUCUCUGACCCUGGAGGGCAGCUCUCUGGUGCAGGGGUUUCGUCUCCAGCACCAACAAUGUGGAAAACGUUGCUGCAGACUGCUGCACAUCCCAGGGGCCAUUCUUCCCCAGGUCCCCCCCCCCCCCGCUGACCCUGUGACCCUGUGCAGCUCCUGGAGGAGUAAAGCUGGAAAACAUUUUAGUGAAGCUAUCAAAUUUGUAUCUUGAUUUACAAAAAUGCUAACUUUGAGAUACAAACAAGUUUGCAAAAUUGUAUUAAGUACUUUGUAUUUUGGAACCGUGAAUUGCUUUUGAAGUCUGUCAGUAUUAUUGGUAUUUUUCAAUAAAGACUAAUUUUCUGCA